AUGGCCGAAAAGAUGACAACCAUUGACGAGCCGCUGCUGAAGACCACGGAUGGCAUGACGCGGACCACCGAAAGCGACACAAACGGGAAGAGUAUUCUUGACAAUUGGCAGGACUUAAUCAAUAUAGUGAAGAACACAUCCGAUGGCGUCCUCAUCAACCCUCCAGACAUCCGGUCAUCCGAUUGGACCGAUUGGUUGGUCUACUUUUGGCGCAAUUUAUUCCCAUUUAUUAUAUGGAUAUUAGCGAUGGUGUGGAUCUGUUACCUCUGUUUCUAUAACUCGCGAGUGUUUGGUCUCAUAUUCUCGCGAAUUAUGAACCAAUUCUUCAUCAAAAACGGUUACUUCAGCGUCGGCUCCAUCUCUUUGGCCACCAUUUCCGGCAAAUUAAUGUUCAGAGACUUUGUUUACGUGACUGAAGACUAUUCGCUGAGAAUACAAGACGGAUGGCUGGUGUUCCGGUGGUGGCUCUCAUAUACGCCUCGAGACGUGCGGACAGAGGACUUCUCCAACUCCGAAAUAACGUCCGGCCGUUUCGUAUUCGGCAAUCACUUGAUUCCCAGCACUCUAUCGCUGGUGAUCGAGGAGUCGUACUUCGUAUACACGACACGACCGGCCGUUUCGCCGCACGACUUGUUCACGAAUAUCACCAAAUGUAAGGCCGAGAACGUGAAAGUCAUAUUAGCUCCGAGUCCUAAGUUCAUGGGCAUCAGUGACGAGCCGCCGCGCUUUAUGGGCGAGGGGUUUGUCGUGUUUCAGAGCAAUAAACUCGACCUUUACUACUAUCAGGACGAGCCGGGGCUCGCGUCCGACAAACCCGAGAAGCUCGAGCUCGCCAACGGAGACACUGUCGAGAAGUUCACGUCCCCGGCCUGGGGUCUAGUCAUCAAAUGCGGAAAAGGCACUGACUUUAGUUACGGCCCGUGGGCUGACCGCCAGCGGGAACUCUUGUAUAACUUCUUUUAUCCGUCGGACUACCGGCCGAUGGAAGUCUCGAAGCGACCGAAAUUAGGCGAACGCCGUGUCUUCGAGUCGUUUGAUCUCCGGUUGAGUACGUUAUCCGACGCUAAGAUCGAUGUGUUGUUCUCCAAGAACAAGGAGACCAGUGCUCUGCACGUGAACGCAGGGCCCGGAUCUUACUUAGAGAUUACCAUUCCGUGGGUGAACUCGGAGUCCGGUUACGUGUCGCACAUCAACGGCCAGAUCAUGCAUUUGGACGCAACUACUAGUCUGGACUUCAGGCCACUGGCCGUCAGCGAGACGCUCGAGUUUGACGUGAAGAUAGCCUACCCUCGGGUGUGGAACGCACACCAACUGUGGACCUGUAGUCUGACCGGUUGUAAGGCAACCGUUAACCUGAUUUAUGCGCACAAACUCUUCUUUCAGGCGUUGAUCGAGGACUGGGCGGGAAAGACACGUCCGGAUGUGAUGAGGUUCGUGCCGUACACCUGCAAGAUAUCAGUCGUACUCAAAGAGUUUGAAUUACUAAUACUCGCCAACGAAUACAAUUGGAUCGACUGCUCGACGGGUCUGAACGGCGAGAACCAACAGCUCGCCAUCUGCGGCGAGAUAUUUGACAUGACUUUCGACUUACCGUUUGUCGAGUUUUUGCCGCCAAAUGUCGACAUCAAGAUCUGGAUUCAAGGCGAGGGCUUAGAGGCGGCCUUCUAUUUGCCCGAUAGUAACAUCCAUAGAGAUAUCGUCGAAGCGCUCCACACGUACGCCCGGAUCACCUCCAGGGACGGCACCACGUAUGAUAAGCAACACCUGUUCACCAACGAUAGGAAGUGGAGGAAUGCCGUCUCCCGUGAAAACAAUUGGUACGAGUGCUGGACGGCGCCGAUCGUCGCGCUGAGCAUAGCCUACAAGUAUUGGCCGAUCCCUCCCAAGACAUACGCCUCCAAAACAGAGGUGACGACACCCGAGUUGGAAGAGAUAUUACUGUCGCCAAUGCGUCCGAACCGGUCCCCGAAGCAGGUGUGCUCAGCACCCGAUGAUUUCGAUCCCCUAUCACUUGAACCGGACGUCAUUGCCGUCGAGUUGGAGAUCGGGCCGUCAGUUAUCGGUCUCUUUGGGCCACUCUUUCGGAUGCUUUGGAAUAUAAAAGAGAAUUAUUUGGGAGAAUGUCAAGAGUUCGCUGACUUGAGUUGCAACGGAUCCGCCUUUUUCGACAAAUUCUCGCAAAUCGAUCCCAAAAACAACGCUAAGGAGAACAACACGAACAGCGAUCACAUGGAAAUGGAGUUCAAGCCGUUUGACGCCCGCAUAUAUCGCCCCUUCGAGGUGACAGUCUCUGUGGCACUGCAUGACAUUCAGGCGCAUCUCAUGAAGUGUUGCAAUGAUACCGACCCUCCCUGUCCUUCCGUGUACACCGAACGGCUGUGUUUUGAAUUGCAUAAGACAUAUAACGAGACACAGUUGCAGCUAUUGAUCGCACCGAUAGUUUUGAUAUCAACUGAUUUACAGCAACGAACAGACAAUAACUCUCACCUAAAGAACGGCUAUUUGACGCUAUCGUCGCUUCAGUUCAGAGGUCACGCCAUGUUCUCGGGUGUUGACCGACCCCUCGAGAGCGAGACCCUGGAGUACGCGUGGCUCGUGGACGUACAGCUCGGCGACAUUGCCGGUCGACUCACUACACCUCAAAUCCAAAAUAUCGUCACACCAUUGGAGACAUUCCUCCUGCAAGUGCUACAAACCGAGUGCUCACUUCAGCCACCGUUUCCAUACCAGAAAUGUCUUCACGAUGUGAUCCAAUCUGUUUGCCCGCAAUCCACUGCCACUAAACUGUGUCCAUAUCCAGAGGAUCUCAAGUAUAAAAUGGUUCGCCUGUCCAUCGAUGCCAUAGACAUUCAUGUGGUCGAGUCGAAUGUGUCUAUUAGUGUCCAAUUGGUUCCCAUAAAGUUCUCGAUGUGUAAUAUCCACAGCUGUCACACGUCGAUAGGCAUAACAGCGCUCAUCGAUAAACUACUUGUGCGACAGUUUGUGCGGACCAACAGUCCUCCGCAUACCGUAAGCUCGAGCACAAGCGCCAAAUCAAGUGACCAGAAAAGCAGACUAUCGCUGACCAGAGAAGUGACUCAAUGGCUGGAAGUGAGCAGUUUGUCAUUGGGUCCGCUGUUUGUGGACUCGGCCGAGCUGUUGUCAUCGGUGGACAACUACACCCAAUCUCAGAGUACAUUCCUUAAGAUACACGACAAGAAGACUAAGCGCCUCUGGUUUCUCUGGUCAGAGGACACCAAUGUAUUGCCCGCCGCACUGGUAGGCAAGUGCGGGUGUGUCGGCGGUUCGGCCUUCUUUGGCAACAAUAAAGUGGGAAUCAAUUUCUUCAAUGUCUCCAAACGUAACUCCAGUGCCACUGAAACCGAUAUCUCGAAGUUCUACACGGAUUUCAGUGCAAACAAAGACCUGGCGUUUGGCGAGAGUCUGUUGCAUAGGGGAGAGUAUGUGUUGGGUCUCAGAGUGGAUACGGAUGAGUGCGACGACGAAGAGUUGUUAGAUUUGGUGCCAUUCUUUGAGGAACAGUUGACGCCAUCCCUCUCCGAGUCGAUGAGUGACAGCAAAACGGAGUUGAAGGCGAGCUUCAAAUAUCGGUUUAUGUCUCGACAACAGACGACACCCACUCAGCCAUCGAGUAACUCGUUGUCAGUGACAUCGCCUCCAAUGCCUAAGGACUCGCCAUCGAUGAGAUCGCCAUCAAAGUCGGCCUCAUUUAGGAUUCCGUCGCAAACAAAGCGAAAUGAAUUGGACGACACGUGCGAUGAGACCUUCAAACGGAAUCGAAGUCUAAGCGAAAGUGGAGGCGCUGUUGAAGACAUUUACAAAUCAUCGGUUAUUCUCGAUAUCAUCCGAAGCCAACAAAAAGCCGAAGCGACGACUGAAAAGAAAGUGGAUUUUGAGGCCAACUCUCCCACACAUAACUCCGAAGUGUUUCGCACAAAGUCUUUAGAGUCGGGCUCUUCGGCGUCCGAGCGAUACUUCUCGGCAGAGGACGUCUCGAACGCCGCGAAGUCUACGAGUAGUUCCUACGCGUCCGCCAAACAGCCGCUCACGAGUAGUGAUUCGUAUCACUCGGCGGUUACGCCAAACAUCACUGACUCGACGACACAAUACUUCAGUUGUUUGACAUCAGAAUCGGUUACUCUGACCGGCGAUGACAUGAAGAAGGGCGGCGACCGGCACUCAAUCAAUUCAAGCAAUUCGUUCAUAUCUGCGCUUUCGUCGCACGAAGACCUGGCGCUCGUCGACCUCAGGAACCAAUUGGAGAAACCGAUUCCCGAUUCACCGCUUUUAAUGUCUUCAUACGCCUCCCAUUUGUCGCAAUACGUGUGCUAUAAUUGGGACGUUCCGCCACCCGUUCCCCACUUGACACCAUCGCAUGUGUCCACUAAAGACUGGUUUCUAAGGAAAUCUCAGUGGAGACCCAAAUUCAGAGUGAAUUCGCACGGAUUCUCGUGCCUUAGGAUCGCCCGAAAAGACGAGUCGACCGAUAAGAACAGCUCUCCGUUCGCCAAAAACGACUUCAUUCCCGGAUCCGUAUUCUUCGAGAUGGACAAGAAUUUGAGUGAAAACAGUGGCGCCGAACACACCAACGAUGGCACCAAAGAGACUGACGACAAGAAAUGCGAAGACAUUAUCUCGAAAAACGUGGAAAUCAAGUGCGAAAAGAUAACACUUCUUAUAAAACUGAAUAAUGAAAUCGAUGUCAAGCUCUCUCCGCUGUCGUUGGAGGGCUUGAAGUCGUUUGUGGAGAGUGUGACGCCGACCCUCACAUCCCUUCACCCGAUUUCAGUACUCAAUCACCUGAACCUGAAUUGUCUGAACGAAGUCGAGGCCAACAAUAAGCUGAAGAAGGAGAAGAUGUUAUAUUUGGGACAAUUGAAUGCCAAGGCGUGGCAGACACUGAUUCGGCGCCAGAAUCUGAAGCAAAACAGUCGCCGAAUCGCCGACAAUAAGGACACCUCUUUAGUGGCCAAUCAGUUGGAAGAGGCGAAGACAUUCAAACUCUUGUCAUUCGCACUGAUGACCCGAUUCUUCAGCAAAAAGCCAAAGAAAGAGUUGUCUGAAAUCGAGUCCUUAACCAUCGAAACGGUGGACACAAAUCUCGAGGAAACCAUUGCCAGCGCUUCACUCAAAUCAAUACACAUUCAGUUGUCUCGACUCAAGAAUAGCAGUACAAUAUUGAAGGACGCGAUACUGACUGUCAUUCCCUGUCGUUAUAGUAAAGUGGACUUUAAGAUCGUUCGCUCGCAAACACCCGGUGCUUCGGACACAGACUCCAGUUCCCGUCAGUCCCGGCAAAGUCGUAAACCAUUGCAGCGACAGGACUGUGUUAUUGACGGCGACGCCACCACUGAUAAUACCGGCGGUAUAUAUCUGAAGGUGCAAACCAGUGGUGAGCCCAGGGAUGAGGAACACCUGUUGGGGUUCAUUAUGUUUGAGUGCGGAAUAGAAGACAUUAACAUAAAAGGCGUUAAGUUUAAGAAAAAUGAGGACAACUUCGUUGAACUGAAGCCCAAAUGCGAUGAACCCAACGAUAAGAGUCCGGAGUUUGUGCGCGACAUCGAAGCCGUUCACGAAUCGAGUCACUCGUCCUCAUGUGUGGCCGAAGUGUCGACCGUUUGGUUCAACUUCGCGGCCCCACCGAAGACACCCAACACCAGGAAAAUUGAUUUCACGCGAUUGGAUUGGCAUCUGUUGAGCUCAGCCGCCCCUUCCAUCAGCGCCUGGAUUUCGGUCACCGAUCGGCUCAUUAUAUCCGCAAAGCGUUUGUCGAAACUAAGUGAACAGAGAGUGAACUCAGUUAUCGUAUGUCUCAUGACAUUGGGUUUGGACGUGAAGGGCGUUCACACACCGCCUCAAAGCAAGCAUUUGUCGCGUCUGUUCACACCGUUAGCCAAAUCACUUCAAGACGACCCCUCCUGUCAAUUGGUGUCUGCCUUAAGACGUUAUUACAACUCAAUCGCAUUAUCCGAAGAGUUUGAGUUAAAUCUAAAAGUAGAAACACUUCCGUGUCUUUCGGACCUUCAGAGAGGAAUAGUAGCCCUUUGCAGACAGUGGAAGAAUGCUCUGUAUAUGCCUUUGUUUAUACAGCAGAACCUGAGGCUAAGAAAGGGAGACAAACACCCACUUCGGGUACUGCUUGAGGAGCGAUCCAAACAGAUAUCCGUCGAAACGGAUUCCGGCGACGAAGAGACCGAAGUGAACGACGAAACCACUCAACUGUUGCGCGAAAACACGGGACUCAACACCGAUCCCAAAGUGUUGGACAGGAUUUCUGUGGAAAACAUUGAAUUGAAUGCCAAGAAGAAGACAUCGAAGAGCAACAGUCAGCCCAACGAUGACUCUAACGCCGGUUCCGCUCAACCGAAACGCAAACUCAGUGUAAUGCAGACCUACUUUCCCCGGUCUAACAGGGCUUCCAUAUCAAUACCGCCGCUCAUAACAGCGCCGUUCGAGACGAUUGGGACGGGAGUUAACAAAGCCUAUGAAUUCCUGUUCUCACCCAACAGUCAGAACAGCGCAACACGUCUUAUGAAUGUGAAGCGAGAAGAGAGUCAAAUGAGUCUGAAGUCGACGCUCUCUAGUCUCGAGGCUAAUGGCAAUGAGUUGGGUGUCGACCAACUGCCCAACGAUGACAACCAUUUGGAUGGCGGCAGUCAUGACAACUACGGCGAGGAGAACCUCUACUGGUGGAUGGCUCGACAGCAGGACUAUAUGAAAAACGUGACAAAUCUGACCAAUUCGUUGCGCAAGACGUCGGCCCCUCUGCUCGACCAAAACGACUCCAAACUCAACACUUUGCAGUCCAUCAACAGCACUGAUAAUGAGGGCAAAGCCCAGACCCAGCAGUUGACGGCACAGGACGUGUCAUUCCUGCCGACUGUGGCGCAGAUGAGUGACGUCCGCGAGAUAUUCCAUCCCUUCAUAUCGUCGUUGUGUCAGAAACUGAACGAAGAAGACAACCAGUCGUGUCUGGAGUUUGGACAGUUGGGCACAAAAGUGUCCAUUUGUGGCCGCAUUAAGCUCUUUAAGAUCGAUAUCGUCGAGUCCGAGAACAGGUCACCCAAUCGGAGCCGCAGUCCAUCGCGUCUCCUGUCUCCGAGUCAUAUACAAGUCGUCAACUUUGAGACCCCAGCGCACGCCUCGCCUUUCAAACACCGCCUCAAAGUGGACAACACUCUCGAGGCGUCGGCCUUCCUGUGCGAAGGACUGGGCGUUGAGUUUGACUUAAGAAAAGUGAAAGACUUUGAGAAAUCAGAGGGAAAUCCGCAGAAAGACAGCAAAGUGUGUCCCAUUGUGAUCGUGGGACCGGACGGCAUGAGUCAGACGACGACACUCAUCAACUUCAGUGUCGACAUCACUGGUAUCGACCAAAGAGUCAAUUUACCACUCCUUCGACUCCUCCAUCAGUUCACAGCUAUGUAUGAGAACGUGAAAGAGACGCGACUCGAGAUGCGAUCAAAUAGAGUGCAAUCCAUGAGAGAUAAUCUGGAUUUGGGGCACAAAGUGAAAGUCCGCACCUCUGAGACGGACACCACUAGUCAUACGCCUUCGAGUUCCAGCUAUAAGAACGAGACAUUCGGCGAACACAUCGCUAAACACAAGGAAGAGAUCGCGAUCUCUAUUCCCGAUGACUCGGAUUCAGACGUAACACUAGUCGAAGAGCCGGUGCGACUCCGAGAGCCCGUACAGCAACCCAUGUGCUGGAAGACUAUGUAUUAUCUGCUGGAUCUCUACCAAACAAAACCCGAAACUAAGACCAAAACUGUUAUCGAAAGAGUGAGUUCACUCAUGCAGUCCGGCGCACCGGUACCCGAGACUAAGAUACAGAUGGAAGACGAGUAUAAGGGCACCGGUAGGUAUGAGCCACUGAAGGAUCAGUCCAUUGAGAUGGAAGAGUUGAGUUCACCGUCAGCCGCACCGCCGGCCAAACCAAACGUGAAUUUUAAUACUCAUUCAGUGCACCGAAAGUCUGCUACAAAUAUAGUGUCCAGCGAUCAGCUCAAGAGCUUUACCAAUGCGUUGAUACAGAGAGAGUGGACACCGAUUGUGGUGUUCGGUGUCUGUAAGAUCAGACGCGUGGGUCUGUUGGCAAUGCUUAGUGGUCUCAAACUGGAGGGCGAGUUAUCCGCGUUUCACGUCAGUGUUACCCACAAACAGAAGUGUCGCGGAUCUAAGAAGUGGUUCGAGUCGUCACUGAACGGACAGUUGGGUCAGACCGCCAUCUCGUUGUUGGAGGAAAUGCCUGGCAGUCAGCAAUUGGUCGUUAAGAUGACUGUCGGGAAGUCGCAGACAUUGAUAUCGUGUCAGAAUCGGAAGGGAAGGGACGCCAACUCGGCUUUAUUGACAAUCGGCCCCAUUAUGAUAGACAUACCCCAACAUCCCAUAGCUCUGCACGGAAUGAUGACCCGAUCCGGUCGUCAAUUGUCGACCACUUUGCAGGAGUUGAGGGCAUCGAGACAGCCGUCAAGACUAUCGCGACAACAGAUGGACACCGAGACUAUGACCUCGUCUUACGGACAACAGGACUCACAAAAGCCGAGAAUGUUUGCCGAAGACAUGCCUGACGUGAGCGGAGGAUUAGAUAAUCCUCUGGACGCCCAACAACUGAGACAACCUAUGAUUAAACCAAUUGUCGUUCAGUUCAGCGUAAUUCUGGACUCGUUUACAAUCGGCGCCUCAUUAUUGCCGUCACUUCGAGCCCAGUAUCAGAUGGGAAGAGUGACCAGUAAUGGCAUCACUGGUAAUAAAGCCAAGUUUAUCAUCGAUGUCCAUCAGCACACCUUAAGCUUCAACACCAAAGUAUUGCCCACCGAAGCCAACCUGCCGUCCUCUGCGAACGUGGAUUUGCCGCAAAUCCAUGUGUCGGCCGAAUAUAUAGAAGAUCUGAACAAAGGAACCGCUGGAACCGCUGGACCUACGCGUUCUGAGUCUUUUGCCGAGGGAAUUGUCUUACGGAAAGGCAGUUAUUUGAACGCCACGGCAGACAUAGGCUCCUUCGAGCACAGCCUCACCACUGAUUUACUCAAUCACUUACUUCUCGUUCAGAAGGUGUUUAUGAAGGAAGUGAAUGAAGUCGUGCAGAAGAUGUCGGGAACCGACACGAAGAUCAUCGACGAAGAGUUGCUAUUCGGCGGCAGCGAUAAGAACCGGCGCUCGCGUUAUGUCCUCUUCUCACUCCACUUACGGCUGAAAGGCAUUCAAAUAACGGCCACAACGCCCACCAGUAGUGCCGUGCGUCUGGAGACGGGUCUCAUUGAACUCCAACUGUCGAAUCGCGUGCAGAACAUGUCCUCCAAAGACCUCAACCUCAAGCUGUUCAUCAAACUCCAGGUCGACGUCAACGUAGCUUUGGGUCAACUCAUCAGAAACGCGAUCUUCGAAGAGGCGGAACCGGAGUUCCAACAGUUGGCGUACUUUAAGACACGGAUCAGUAUGAGGAACGCACUGCAGGACGAGAUGGUCGUCAACACGGACAUCGAGGACAAGGAGGCUGUGCUCAUUGCGCUGCACCGGCCGUUGGUCUACAUACAGCCCCUGGCGUUGGACAAAGCGGUGCUCGUUUGGCUGAACUAUAAGAACGCUUACGAGUAUUGGACGGAACAGCGGUCUAACCUGAACUCGGAAGUGGUUUUGGCGACCCAACAGGUGUUUGGAAAAGUGCAACCAAUCGCUCAAAUGGGUUCGCAAACCAUUGGCACACUCUUCCUGCAGCUCACUGUCGACGACUUGGGCGCCUGUCUUCCCAUCACAAACCCAACCAUAUCGGCGCUCAAUCAGAGCAAAGGCUUCGAGUCGGAGCUGAAGGACGCGCUGGUGAUCACUCUGGAAAACACGCAAAUCAGCGCCUGUUCUUGCGGUUCACUCGUGAGUAAAGCCCAGUUCACGGGUCUCUGCAUCCGGUUUGCCGACGACUUCGAGACGUCUCUCGACGACUGGAAGCCCGACAGCAUUGACCCCAACAUCAGAAACCUAUGUGUGGUGUCUGAGGGCACGUAUGAGAUCUGUUCGCGUACUAUAACAUCACACCAGAGCCCGAGUGACGCCAAAUGGCUUCUGAACGUCUCGUGGAAGAUGGAGGGCUUCGACAUACACUUCGACACCUCUAUUGGCAAACACUUCUCAGCACUCUUUAAGACAAUGACUGCCAUUGCUGGCGAUGAGGAUGAAGACGACGGUGACAUCUCAACCACUGAGUACGGAAACACUACUGUCGAUGAACAGCCACCAGAGGAACAGGUGAAGACCGAAGACGUGGAUAUAGAGACGACACGAUUGAGAAGAGAUUCGCUAUUAAGAGAUGUUUCGGUGGAUAAUAAGCAGAGAUCGCGUAUUAUAGAGAAGGAGCUCAACGAACAGGUGAAGAUCAUAAACGAUUUGCGCCAAUUGGGUGCCAGUCAUACCACUAUUGAACAGGAGGUGCAGCGUCUCCACGAACUCGAAGCGGCUAUCUUUCAGAACUUCCGCAGAGAUGUCAUCAAAAAGCUUCGGCGACCGAGUGUUAGGCAAUCGUCUUUCAAAGACAAGCUAUCGAUUGGCGGAAAGAUGUUCAGUAAAUCUCUUCAUUCGUAUAACGAAACCAAUGAAAUGACUGAGAAUUCUGGUGAAGACUCGCCGUUGGAUGCCUUCAAACCGGGAUCUUUCGAUUCGGCCAUGGAAUCGGUUCCCAAACUUAAAACAUCUGCGAGUAUUCCGAUUCCUAAAACAACUGGACCUAUAGUUCCCGACUCACCGCUCAGUCCUACGGCCGCAUCGAUAACCAGUUCUUCAGUGGAAUCGCAGAGCAGUUGUGAGAGCGCACAGACGCCUACAUUCAGUUUCGAACAGUCCUCUAGUACCACCACAUCUGAGUUUCCCAUUCCGAAGAUUCCGAAGAUCACCAAAACUACCGAACGUGAUUCUGACCCCAGAAAACAGGGCAGUCUUUCCUCUGAAUACGACGAGAGUAUCGACUCAUCGAUAGGCGAGCGGUCCAGUGGUUUGGCCGCCAAACAGACCUAUCAAACGGAACCCAACAUAGACUUUGAAUUGGAUGUCAAGAUAUUCUUCAAUUCCGGGAAAUGUGUUUUGCAUACAAAGGAUCAGAACACCAAAGACGAGGACAAACCAAAACCAAUGCAAAAAGAGCGCAGCUUUUCGGGCGGUCCUUACGAUUCACUGCUGUCCCCCAACCAUAACGCCAACAAAUCCCGUUCCGGCAAUAGACUCACCAAAACCACAUCCAAUAACACAUUGAAACCGAACCUCUCAUCGUCUCGACUCAAACACCCGACACAUCUAAGCGGACAAAUCGCUGACUUUACAGUAUUUCUCAUCCCAGGACUCGAUAUUAAACUCCACUACAACUCCAAGACAUCGUCCGAAGAGAGCGUUCAGUUGAGUGACAGACAGACCACAAGACAGCAGUCGGAACAUCGCACAGACCCAGACACCAGUGCUCAACAAAAUGGUCAGCAAUUGUUGCCAAACAAGAAGUUGGCCUCAAAGAAGGCCACACUCUUCGCGUGGAUCACAUUACACAGCAUUCCAGACGAGACACUCAUCAGUCCAAACAUAUUAGACUUCUUAGAGCAAGCGCUCGAACCCAUUCCCAUAACAGUGCCGCCAAAGACCCCGACCUCAUCGUCAGCGCCCAACGUGUUCACCGGCGAGGGUGAGGCGCCUCCAGUGCCCGCACAAUACGCCACAUACGCCUCAUUCCCGGUCGAUGUGAUCGUCUACUUUCACGUUCAGCCGACUGUCGUCCGCUUCUGUUGUCUUCCUGUGUCUCGCGUCGAAUGUCUGCUUCAUUUGCCAUCAAUUGAUUUGGUCUUCUCGUCGAAGCGCUCGUCAGACGAAGACUUGCAGUCCGGUCAGUGCUCUCCACCCAAGUAUACCCGCUAUACACACAAGACGUCCACAGAGUCGGCCGCCACCACCAGCACAUCGAUGGGCGGUCUCAGUGUCACCGGAUGUUUGGCCGACUUCUCGCUCUAUAUCUUCCACCCAUACGGCGGUCAGAAGAAGACGACGGCACACCUGUCGUCGGCCGCCAAAGACAGCGAAGGCAUGUCUUACUCGGACCGCAAAGACUCGCUCAGUCUUCAGGUAGAGUUUGUCAAAAUCAAUAUUUCCAGAUCUCGUAAGCUCUCGAUCAGCGACUCCAUAGCGCAGAGCUUCCGCUUCUCCGCCACCUGUGAUAUCGGAUCCGCUUCUUUCAAGUACGACAUGCGACGACUCAACGAGAUCUUAGCCUUUCCUAAGGCCUGGUAUCGCAAAUCCAUUUGGAAGCGUAUGUUCAUCGGAGACCACACUAUAAGCGCUAUAUUCAGCGAUCAGGAGGAAGAGGAUGACUCACUCACAGAUAGCAAAGAUCUGUCGGAUACCAGCUCUGAGGAGUCCAACCAAACGGGAACUACUGUUCGCACGUUUCAUAAGCCCGAGUCAUCCAACGCCAGCCGAGAGGGACUCCGACUCAAUCUGGACGACCCCACCGGCCGUCGCAAAGUGUAUCGCCACACAUCCCGAAGCGAUUCGCGACCAUUCAUGUUGUCAUCCAACCCGUGGGAGACAUUAGUCCUGUUUUCUGUAAAUCUGUCGAAAUUGAAUAUUUCGAUGAAUAUGGGGAACGUUAUGGGGAACACCAGUUGGUUGACACGCGGUCUACGCUCCGACGGCCGCAUAUCGAUCGACUCGAGCGGACGCAAGAGCUAUAAGAUUGGGUUAGCCCUCGACGGGUCGACACUGGACGCCAAGGGAGGUAUCGUCGGCGGGAUCAUAGAGUUGAGUCAAAUCAAUACCGAGAUGUCUGUGAAGGAAGUGAAAGGCAACGAACCUCAGCACCAGUUUGUCUGCUCUUUACAUACGCUGGAGAAGCGAAUCGAUUACAUGGGGACCAGUAUUCUGAUGAUCAGGGUAUCCGAUCUGGACAUCACUUUACGCGACGAAUGGAGAAUAGAUUUGAGCAAAAAUUAUAACCAAUCCUCGCAUCCGACCAAACGUCCGGCGCUUAUAUUCAUUCACGGAGUCCUCAAUUGGGAUCAAAUGCAGAUCUUGAUGUCGAAGUCGACAACGCCUGACAUUAUGAAGAUUGUCUCCAAACUGGAGGAGUUCUUCACACAACAGUUCCACUCGAGUAAACGGGUCUUCUCGUCACUCCAGACCUAUAAUAGGCAGUCAUUUAAAGGCAAAAGUCAGGCCUCGAAGCGGACGCAGAGUGUGAGCAGUGGUUCGCCGCAACUGACUGUCGGCGCCGCACAGACACAACAGUCGGCGGAGAACGUGGCCAUCACUACAGAGGCCCGACAUCACAGACAUUGGCAAAAGGCGUUGCGUCUGGUGUCGGGCGUACACCUGUCGACCCUUCCCAACCCACUGCCAGUUCACGGCACUAUACUGGGCGGCACUCUGGAGCUCAGGGCUCAGAACAUAUCGCUCGCCUGUUUCUAUGGCAUCAACUUUCGCUCCAAGAGUUGGGGCGCCUUUAGUCUCAAACAUACGUCCAUCUCAUUCGCCACCGAAGCCCAGAAUAUAGUCAACGAAUCCGGAAGUCUGGACACACAUGUGGUGCAGAACCUGUCGUUCCUGUUGGGCCGCAACUCCAGCGAACAACAGCCGCGCAAAACAAUGGCCACCGUUUGUAAAAUCUCGAGGAAUGUCAUGUUUCCGCCGCAGUUCAGACAUAUGCACGAGUGGUUCCACUACGCGUUCAGCGCCUCCGAGAUCGACGACGUCGACCGCUUCCCAGCCGUCAUGGAGUUGGAUAUCUUCGGCACUCCCAUCCCGUCGACCAACGAGUACUACGCGCCCGCACCGGCACGCGACAGGCGGGCGUCGGCCAGUCCUAAGACCAGUGGUGACUAUCAUCACUCGCAGGAAGUAAUCUUCGCGUUUCCGAGUAUGCAAUUGGAGCUCAAGACAGAGCACCUGCAGGCGACCGCUACCCCUAACACAUCGGACGUGAAGCCCAAAGUCGACUGCGCUUUCGUGUCUGACUUUGACGACCAUAUCUUCGUGGCGGUGGACGCCGAGGCCUACUUCUUCCUCCACGAGCUCAUCAGCUCUUAUAUCACCGAAAAGGACACAAAUAUCAUGAAAAGUCAUUCUCCGAGCGCUGAUAAAAGCCAGAAAUCGGCCACAGAUUCCUUAGAAGCCAUGCAAAGGGAUUGGAGAGACUUUAUAUGUCAAGUAUGGCAUUUGGAGCCGACUGUACGGCUGCUGUCGUGGGCCGGGAAGAACAUCGAGCCCUACGGCGUCGACUAUAUUCUUCAGAGGCUCGGCUUCAGUCAGGCGCGGACAACGAUUCCCAAAUGGAUCCAACGGACGACAAUGGAUGGCUUCGACAAACUACUGGCGCUCACCAUGUUUGGGAUGUUAAUGAAGGCCAGGGAGGAUACCAAAGAUGGCAAUCAUCACAAUAAUCACUGAAAUAUUGUCCGUUUUAUCAGCAUUUAGUUCCCGUUUGUGAUUGGAUUCUGUAGUCAAUACCAAAA